CGUGACCUAUAAAAAGCGCGGUUAUUUUUUGAGUGGCUGUAAAUCUAAUCAGUGAGGGUAAAGGCGGAAACAUUGAGGUGAAAUUGAGCUGGUUAUGAUCACUCCCCCCAACCAGCAGUGUCACAUGGCCAACUAUGGCAAAGGCAGCUUUGAUUACAGCUCUCCGGCAAGCGCUUCAGUGUUUGUUUACUUCUAAACAACGACUUAUUAAAACGAGCGAAAUGCGUUUCACGUGAUCUUCUGUGCUCGCGCUUGUGUCAACGAACGCCGGUUUCCGUUUACUGUUCACAUUACUGCGCACUGGCUGAGUCAUCUGGAUCUGUUAAAACUGGACCGGGAGUGAACUUGACAAAGUGAAGAUUUGUACCACCAUGAUUGGUUCUCCAGACUUGUUUGCUUUCACUAAAGAGACUGACUUCAGGGAAAUACCCACAGAACCAUCAGCACUUCCAGAGGAACUGUCUGUGCCCAUGUAUACCUACUCUGGAAACAACACACCAUGGUCCAAGAUAUCCAGUGCUAAAUUUAAAAAGGAUUUUAUCCUUAUAUCCGAGUUCUCUGAGCAAGUCGGGCCCCAACCUUUACUCACAGUUCCUCCUGAAACCAAAGCUUGUGGGACGUUUGAUUUGAACCACUUCUCCCUACGGAUCAUGUCAGUGGACUAUCAGACCUGCCUCACAGGCUCAGGAGGAUGUAGCUCUCCUAAACUGAACUUUGUGGAAGACUCAAAAGUAGUUUUAGGGGAUUCUGGAGAAGGUGCGUUUGCAUAUGUGCACCACCUCACACUCUAUGAUUUGGAGGCUCGAGGGUUUGUGCGACCUCUCUGUCUUGCCUACGUGUCAUCCGAUGAGAAUAAAAUCAUACAGCAAUUCCAACAGCUUUCGACAGAGUUCUCAAAAGUUUCUGAAUGCCUGAAAACAGGGAACAGGAAGAACUUUGCAAAUGAACUGGAGAAAAAACUAAGAGAUUUGGAGUACACAAGAGUUGUGUUACUUGGGGAGAUAGAAAGAGAGAAUUUAAAUGACUCAUUUAAGUACACAAAUGAAAGGGAACAGACUCUGAAUAGUAGACCUAUAUUAAAGGGUGAUGCAGAAGAUUUGAAACUGAAAGAUAAAUCAUUAUUAUUCAAAGAUGAAGUGAAAUUACAAGAGAAAGACGGAUGUGAACUUUCGAGAGAGAAGGUAGAGACAAAAAAUUGUACAUUGAGUGAGACUGUCUCCAAUAACAGGUUAUUGCUUAUCAAUUGUGAAGUAGAAGGGACAAUGAACAAAUAUGAGCAAGAUAAACAGUUUGAAAAACUUAAAAAAAGAAAGGAUAAAGAGAAAGGAUAUUGGUCAAUGCCAUUGACUAACAAAGCUGAGGAAUUGGCCAGUGUACACAAAUCUAUUCAGGAACAUAAAAGUCUUCUAAAACAGGUGACCUCCUACCCAACCAGGAAGCUCAGAGAGUCUGAGAUCUCUUCUUUUGAACCAGAUGACCUUCCUCAUUCUUUGGAGCUUGACCUUGAUGAUUUAAGACUGCACAGUCAGCUUGCUGGGCCAAUGCUAGAAUGCAAUGUUUUCUCCUUCACAAACACACCCUUACAUUCUCCGGAGCUGAUAAACUGUACUCCAGCUCGGCGAUUUGACAGGCGUCUGAAAACUCUUGAGGAAUUGUGUGAUAAGUACUUCCACCAACAGGCGCUACAGCAGCUGCACUCCAUUGAAAGGACAUUCAGAGGAGAUGGCAGCCAUAUCUACGCAAACCAACUCUGCCAAAAUCUGCUUCGCAAUCUCAAAUCCACCAAUUUCUUGUUCGAGGAUCCAUAUGACUUGGAAGAGGGUGCAGAAUUUCAGCCUGGAAUGGCUGGCCAUCAUGUAGUCCAUCAACCCUCCUUUCUUACUGCACCCAGCAUUCUAAGUGAACCUGUCAGUCUUGAGUCCUACACCUCCUGUGUUGAAAUGGUGCCAAUCAAACUAGAGUUGGGUGGGUCUAGCCAUUCUGCAGCUGUAGCCAGUGCGGUAACUGUCCCUUCCAAGGAAAGCCUACCCCCAACACCUAAAUCAUCCCCAGUAGAAACUGACAUUGCAGAUGAGGGGGUAGUUUCGGCACUGGAUUAUGAUUGUAAUGGUCACGAUGAGGAAAAUGUUUCAGCUAUGAAGACCAGCAUAAGCAGUGGGGACAGUAUUGAGGUCUUGGGGACAGAAAAGUCCUUCAGAACUCAGGGGUCAAGUAUACCCAUGUAUACAGCACCACAAAGACCUCCACCUUUGACCACCACAGCAGGACUGGAGGGUCUAAGGCAAGGGAGGGUACCUACCAGACGGACUUACAGUGGGGACAGCAUUGAGGUGCUUAGUAUGACGGACUCAAUCCUACCAGAAGACCUGCGUGCCUUAUAUCCUUGCGCUAUUGAUGAGGAAUCCCCAGAGCAGGAGACAGAUGAAAAGGACAGAUCUCAAAACCAGGAGAGUGAACAAGUUAAGGAGUGUCCUUUUGGUGUGGGAAUUGCAGCUUCUGGAGAGAAAAGAGGUGUUUUUACAGAGGGUUUUUAUCCUGCUUUCACCCUUACCCCACCGGACUGUCCUAUGACUUUGACCCCAGCUGGGUCAAACUCCCAAGAUGUGUGUAGUGCAUUAGAAUUAAUCCCUUUCCCCUUGUUGGAGGAGCCUUGUCGGACAGUACGUGAUGAUUUAUCAGACUGUUUCAGCUUUCGCAGCACCACUGCCUCCACACCCUCAGAUUGCACUUUCUUUGUGUAUCAUCAUGGGGAUAAAAGAGAAGGUUUGACCAGACGGAGGCGUGGCCAAGUAGGACGGGCAGCCUUGAAGUUCCUCCAACAGUUUCCGUUUGCAGUGCACGCAGCGUUUAGUCUUCUGAGUGGCCAAACUUUGGUGGUGCUUGGGAGUGAGGAGGCUACGGUGAGAAAACUGGUUAAAGCACUAUCUAUCUACACGCCACAUGUGGGCAGAUUCAGAGAAACCAUUCAACCUUGGACUUCAAUGCCACUGCAACUUACAGACCUGCUAAACUGGAAACUUAUAGGCUUCAAUAGGAUGUGCUCCCUUACUCACAGCUUGCCCCACUGUUUGGGCCAUUACAGCCGAUACAUCAGUGUUCUAGAUCUGGAUCAAAAGACACUGCGCUGCCCAACCUAUAGUGGUACUCUUAUCAGUCAGCUGGUGGAUCCAAGAAGCCACAUUAUACGUGGCAACACCUACUUCCUGUUUGUUCAGCAAGUGCUAAGCAAGCUUGUCACCAGAGCAUUCCUCCUGACAUUUUCACACAGUCUCCAUUCUCCCAGAAACCCUCAUGAAACCAUACGAACAGAGCAUUUUCAUUCUAUACUGCACAGAGAUGAUAAGAAAAUUGUCAUCUAUUUAUCAGAGCUCAUCAAACUGUAUUACAUGGAAGUUCCACCCAAUGUCCUCAGAUUCAGCUACACCAAAAACUCACUUUUCAAGCUCUGAAGCACUCAGUUGCA